AUGACUUAUGUUAACAAAAGGACAAGGGCUUUUCAGAAUCCAAAUGAAUUACAAAUAACACGAGUAAGAUCGGAAGGGCGCAUGAAAACAUAUCAAUCAGCACAGGACUUAAGAGCUUGGAGUGAUAUCACAGAGGAAAGAAGGCAGUAUAUUUUAGAUUAUCAAUCCAAACCCAGGCUGGGUUUGCAUUCAGGAAAAAUAAUACCAGUGGAAUAUUUGGUUGAAUCAAUAGCAGCUUUCAAAAACGAGAGAAUAAAACAGCUGGAACAAAGGAUCAAUUAUUUAGAAAAGAUGCUCUAUUUAUACUCUCAGCUGGAUUUGGCGCCUCAACAGAAGAAAAAACUUGAUGAUUUGAAAAAGGAACUGAAUUCAGCAUAUGCUGAAUUAACAGCUCUUCAUGAGGAUGUAUGUGAAUGUACUGCAUGCCAUAACUUCCCAGAGAGUAAGAGAAAAGAAUUAGAAACCGCUUAUUCCCAUUGGGCAAAAAGAACAUUCAAGGAAGAUAAGGAUUCGAAUUCUGGUGGACCUGAAACAUUAAUAACUUGUGUUUGUGAAGCAUGCGAUGAACAUUCUGAGCCAAAGCAUCAUAAAAGUUCUGAGGUGACCAUGUCUGAUGAAAAUUUACUUAAAACAGAUCAUAAAAUACUACCAAAAAGUGUGGGUAGCAAAGAAAGUGAGCUCGACAGAAGAAAUGUAGGUCUAAAAACUAGUUCAAAUAAAAAACGUAAAAAAUUUGAAAGAGAGAUCAUAUCAACAGAAGAAAAGACUUUAUUUGAAACAGAAGAAGACAUUAUUUCAAAAAGCAAAGAUGUAGUAAAAAAAGGGAAAAGGGAAGAUGAAGAUAUGGGAGUUUCUAUAGAUAACCUCCAUAAGGAACCUCCUAAAUCAAAGAAAAGAGAUAAAAGUAGUGACAUAGAAGAUCAGGAUCAGAAUAAAAAACUUUUGAGAGAAAGAGAUCUUAGAAGCCAAGAUAAACGCACCGAAGGAAAAAUAUUUUAUACAAGUAAAACAAAAGAUGGAUUAUUAGACAAUGAAAUAUAUAAAUAUGGUGUAGAGGAAGAACAAACUUCAAAUGGAAUUGAAAAAAAAAAGGCUGUAAAAAAGGAAAUAGAAACUUCUAGGAGAAUAGGUGAAGCUGACAGGGAUACAAUAAAAAUGAAAGAAGACUAUGGUCCAGAAUAUCAAACAGGAAAAAAAAGAAGUAGAGUAGGGUUGGACAAAAAAAAUUUGAAGAAAGAUAUUGAAGAUAAGAUAAAGACAGAAAAAAUACCUCUCAGUACAGAAGAGCUGAUAAAAAAAGGAGAAGAACAACAAAGGAAAGCGAAAAUGAGAGAUGAUGUCAGAGGUAAAUCAGAAGACCUGCAGGAAACAGCAGAAACAAGAAAAAAAAUAUUAGAAAAUAAAAGAAUAGCUUCUGAUAAAAAGGAACUCUUGGAAGAAAAACUUAGAACAGAACAAGUUUCAUCAGACAAAGAUGUAGAUAUAGAUCAAAGAGACAAAUCUCUAUCAAAAAAAGACAUGUUUGGCUAUAAAAGAAUGCCUCAAGGGCAAGAAAACGAAGAGAAGUCACUAAAAGAAAAAGUCAAAGCAGAACAAGUUCAAAGAGACAAAUAUUUAGUUGAUAUAGGUGGGACUAAAGAUCAUAGAGACAAAGGGGACUUGAAAAUGAUUCAAGAUAAAAGAUUUCACGGAGAAAAAGAUGAUGAAUUCAGAAUCAAUGAUACCAACAAAAAGGCAAUAAAGAAAAAAGUAGUUGAUGAUAGAGGAAUAAAAUCUACAAAAGAAAAGGUAUUGGAAGAGAAACAGAAACGGGUUCAUGAAAUUGGAAUAAUCACCGGAGUAAAGGAUGGGGCAGAAAAACAAACUUUAACUGGUAAUAAUACAGAAGCGCCAAAAGUAAAAGGAGUAGAUGUAAAUUAUCACAUGGAACAAGCAAGAAAAAAUAAAAUCAGAGAUGAUGCUAAAGAUAAAUCAGACGGCCCGGAGGUAACAGCAGAAAGAAGAAAGAAAAUAUUAGAAAAUCAAAGAAUAACUUCUGUGGAAAAGAAUAUACUGGGGAAAAAACGUAAAACAGAACAAGUUCAAGCAGACAGAGAUGUUGCUGUAGAUCAAAGGGACGAAGUUGAAUCAAAAAUGGAAAUGUUUGGGAACCAAAGAAUUCCUCGACAAGAAGAGAAAGCAGAGAAGCCUCCAAAGGAAAAAUUUAAAGCCGAACAACUUCAAAGAGACAAACAUUUAGUUGAUAAAGGUGUGAAUAAAGAUCAAAGAGACAAAGAGGACUUGAAAAUGAUUUUAGAUAAAAGACCUCUUCAAGAAAAAGAGAAGCGUUUGGAUGACGAAUUCAAAACCAAUGAUACAAACAAAGAGGCAAUGAAGAAAACAGUACUUGAAGAUAGGGGAAUAAAAUCUAUGGGGAAAAAGUUGUUGGAAGAGAAACCUGAACAGGUCCAUAAAAUUAAAAUAAUCACUGGAGAAAAGAAUGUUGCUGAAGAACAAACUUUAACUGGUUAUAAAGAAAAAAAGGAUAUAAAAGAAAAAGAAGAUAUAAAAGAUAUUCCAAAGAGGGCAGAUAAAGCUGAUAGAGAUAUAAUCAAAAGAAAAAACAUUACUGAUUAUGGUUCUGAGGAUGAAACAGGAAGAAGGAAAAGUAGAAUAGGGAUAGAAGAAAAAAAUUUGAAAAAAGAUAGGAUAACAAUAGGAGAUAAGGGAAAGGCAGAGAAAACACCUCUCAGUAUAGAAGUGCCGAUGAAAAAAGGAGUAGAUGUAAAGUAUCACAUGGAACUAGCCAAAAAAGAGAAAAUAAAAGAUAGUGCUGGAGAGAAGUCAGGAGGACCUCAAGAAACGGAAAUAGCAAAAAAGAAAAUAAUAGACACUAAUGGAACAACUCCAGAAGAAAAGAAGCUGAUUAACAAAAAAUAUGAAACAGUUCAAGAUAAAGAUGUAACUAUAGAUUCAGGAGACAAAUCUAAAUCAAAAAUGGAAAUAUUCAGCUAUAAGAGAAUACCUCUAGAAGAAGCUAAAGAAGAGGGGUCACUAAAGGAAAAACUCCAAGCAAAACAAGUUCAAAGAGACAAAGAUUUAGUUGAUAAAAGUAAGACUAAAGACGAAAGAGGCAGAGAGGGUACGGAAACAACAAAAAAGAAAAUAUUAGACACUAGUGGAACAACUUCAGCAGAAAAGAAGCUGAUGAAUAAAAAAUAUGAAACAGAUAAAGAUGUAACUGUAGAUCCAGGAGAUAAAGCUAAAUCAAAAAUAAAAACGUUUAGCCAUAAGAGAAUACCUCAGGAGAAAGAGAAAGAAGAGGAGCCACUAAUUGGGGAUGAAAGAUUCCAACAAGAAAAUGAUAAGAGUAUUGAUGAAGAAUCCAGAACCAAUGAUGCCAACAAAGAAGUAAUAAAGAAGAAGGAAGUCGAUGAUAGGAGAAUCAAAUCUGCAGAAGAAAAGGUGCUGGAUUAUAAACAUGCCACUAAAAAAGAUAUAAUUACUGGAGAAAAAAAGGUGUCUGAACAAUAUAAAGUAAGUAGAAAAAUGGUUGGUGAUCCAGCUUCAAUGCUAAAAGUGGGAAAAGGUCUUGGAAAAGAGCAUUUGGCUGAACAGGCUAAAAAGGAACAACUUCUAUUUGACCAACAGACAAAAUAUAAUGGACAAAUAGAUCGAGAAAAGAAAGCAUUGCAACAAAAUAUACUUGAAGAUAAAGACUUAAGUCUAUUAGAGAAGAAUAUCUUCAAAGGAAAGCUUAGAGAAAGCCAAGACCAAAGAGCUGGGUUGCAACCAGAUGUCAGUGAUAAAGUUCUAGAAAGUAAACUUGAAGGCGAGAAAGAGGGAUUAAUACAAAUAAGGACUGAUGGCAAAAAAUUAAUAUCUAAAGAUCAAGAAGUGUUGAAUGAUAAAUUGAGAAAAGAUAAGAAUAAAAAAGAACGGUUGGAGAAAAUAGUUUUGGGAGAAGAAGCAAUAACAUCAACAGAAAAGAAAGUAAUAGACAAUGCUCGAGAAGACGUAAUGCUAGAUGUCAGAGAACAAAGAGAUAAAGAUGGGUUGAAGAGAAAAUUGAUUGGUGAUAGAAUUCAAUCACCUAGGGAAGAAAAGAUGUUGGUGAAAGCUGAAAAUGAAAAAUUCAGGAAACAGUUGGUUGAAGCUGAAGAGCCACUUAUGUCGGCACAAAAAGUUGCCUUGAAACAACGAACACUUGGGGAUGAAGAACUUACCAAUACUAAAAGAGAAAGUGAUGAAUUGAAACAGAAAAUUCUUGGAGGGAAAGAAAAGAUUUCGAAGAAAGUGAAAAAUUCAGAAGAAAUGUAUCAAGCCAAGUGGCCACAAAAAACUAAAUUAGUUAAAUUAAUACUCGAAGAAGGGAAAACGAUAGAAGAUAAAUCAAAAGCAAAAAAAGUUUUACCUUAUAUGAAAUUGCCAACUUCAGAACAGAUAUUACAUGGAUCUGAUAAACUUUCAAAAGAUAAACAGAAAAUAACAAUAUUGAACGAUAGAAAAUUAACAGCAAAAGAAGAGCAGAUGUUGGAUGAACAACUGGAAAAGGAAAAUGCUGUAAAACAGAGAAGUUUGGGAGAGAAAAAGAGUUUAAGAAAAGAUGAGGAAAAAAGGGAGGACAUAAAAAAGUCUUUAAUUGACUAUAAACAAUUAAUACCAAAUGAAGAAAUGGAAAAAACAUUGAUAUUUGGUGAAAAAAAAAUGCUCCCAUCUGAGGAAAAAAUGUUGAAAGGUCAGUUAACAGAAAAAAUAGCCGAGAGAGAAGAGCUGAAAGAGAAAAUGUUUGGCGGUAAAAAAUUAACACCUGAACAGGCUACUAUAUUGGAUCUGAAACUAAGAGAAGAACAGGCUCAAAAAGAAAAUGCAAAACUUGAUAAAUCAAUAGUAGCUUCGAUUGGGAAAGAAUGGCGAAAGGUGGAAGUAAAUGUUUCUUCUGAUGAGAAAAAAAAACAUUUGGAGGAUAAAUUGAAAGUUCCUGCAGACAAGAAAGAAUUAAGCCAUGAAGAAAAGAAACGAUCGGAUGAUGUAUUGAAAGUCCAGCAAGUCGAAAAGCAUGUAUCUGGAAAAGAACAUGAAUCAAAACCACAAGGAGAAAAAGCAUUAGAAAUUAAACUAAAAGAGGAAAAAGCAUUAGAAAUUAAACUAAAAGAGGAAAAAGCAAAAAGGGACAUUUUAAAAAAUACAUUAUUUGGUAAUAGAAUACUUAGUCCCGAGGAAGAAAAAAUAUUAAAUGCAAAGAUGAGAGAAGUUCAAUAUAGUGAAGAUAUAUUAAGAAAGGAACUCACUCCUCUGGAAAUACGCUUAUCAGAUCAAAAGAUGGAAGGGAUGUCAAAAAUGCCUUCUAUAUCUCCUGUGCAAAACAAUUCGGUAAACCUUGAAAAAAUAGAACGAGGUGCUGUAAAAAAGAAUAUUCUGGGAGAUAGUGAAUCAUAUCCAAGUGAAUUAAAACUCCAUGAACAAAAAUGGAAGGAGAGCUUUAAAAAAAGUUUGUUUGAAGAAAGUAGUCCAAAUGAAGGAAAAAUCAUUGGAGGAAAAUUAAAGAGAGAAGAGCAAAAGGAUUCUGAAUUAAGUGGAAAGUGGUUAACUGAAGGAAAAGAGAAGGUAUUGGAGAAUCAAAUGAAAGAGUUAACAGAAAAUGAAUCUUUGAAAAUGAAGACUUUUGAUGACAAUAUAGCAGUUCCAGAAGAGUUGCAGAUCGAAGAAAGAGAUUUUAACGAUAAACAAGCAUUACUUGAAUUUGAAAAAGAAAACUUGAAGAAACGUCUUUUUGGGGAAAAAGAACUGUCAUCAAAAGAGAACCAAGAACUAUUAGAUACUUCACUGAAUGAAGAAAUUUUGUUCGGCAAUAAAGAAUUUGAUGUCAAUAAGGAGAAAUUAGAGCUUAAAAUGAAACAGUUGACAGGUAAAGAAAAGGAAGAAGCAGCAAUGAUUUCUUUGGAGGAGAAGAAAUUGUUGGAAGCAGAAGGCAAACAAGAUCAUCUUAAAAGAGAUAUUUCAAAAAAGCAAAUGUUUGGAGACAUAAAACUAUUUACCAAAGAAGAACAAUUUUUAGAGAAAUAUGAAGAAAUAAAAAAAAGAGAUAGUUUAAAUAAACGUUUGUUUGAUGAGAAAAUGUCAGACUGGAAUAAAAUCAUAGAAGGCAAAGUUACAGCAGAAACACUAGAAGGGGAUGAAAUAGAAAAGAUGGAUCAAGCUGGAGACGAAUUACUGGGGAAAAAUUUUUUUCCUGAAAAAGGGCAGACUUUUGAAAAGAAAUUCGAAGAAACUCCAUUGCAAAAAGAAAUUUAUGAACAAAAAUUCUUUGGUGGUAUAAAUUUAACAGAAGAUGAAAAAUUUGAUGAGAACAUAAAUAGAGACAAAGAUAAUUUGAAAAAAAUGAUGCUUGGGCACAAACGAUUAACUCCUGAAGAAGAAAUGUCAGAAAAUGCGUAUAAGAAGCAAAGACAAAUUGAAUUGAAAACUCACCUAUUUGGAAACAGAGAACUAACUCCAGCAGAAAUGAAAUUUCUGGAAGAAGUGUUUGAAAGGGAGCAAGCUGGAAAAAUCUCGGAAAAGAAAAAAAUAGAAGAACUAGCUCGUACAGGAAGUCUUGGACAGAGUUUAUAUGAAGGAAAUAAAUUAUUUCCAGAACAAUUGAAAGAACCAAUUUUACAGAAGGAUGCGUUAAGCAAAGAACUUUUUGGUGAGGGAGAAGAAGAAGGUGUAGAAGAAGUUUUAAUAAAAAAAGCUCUUGACAACGACACCAUGAAAACCAGAAUAUUCAGUAAGAAACAACUAAUUCCUGGAGAAGAACUAUUAGAAAAAAAAUCUGAAGCUGAUAAUUUACUAAAAGAAGAAUUGAAGCAAAACUUUGUUGGAGACAGGAAAAUUACUCUGGAAAAAGAUCAAUUGCAGCAAGAAAAGUUGAAUGAACAAGCUCGAAGGGAUAGUUUAAAGAAAAAAUUGUUUGGCGAUAAAGAACUCACCUCAGAAGAAGCGGAGUUAUUGGAAGCUAAACUAAAAGAAGAAAGGCUACGAAUGAAACCUAUUUGUAAAGGUAUUUGUGUAGGAUCUUUAAAAUCAUGUAACCAAGGAGAAAUAUGCGUAACUGGGAAAAAAAUUUCACACUACAAACGCCCUGAAUUUAAAAAAACUCCUUUAGAAAAAUCUAUCUCUCUAAGUAAAACUUAUGCGGGUUGUGACACAAUUAAUAAAUACGAUCAAGAUAUUAGUAUGAAAGCAGAAAAACGAAAAAGCUCCAAACUGACAAAAGUUCUACACGAAAGGAUUUUAUCUCCAAACAAAUGCAAUGCGCCAUGUAGUACCGAUCUACAAGUCAAGAAAGUACCAAAAAGUUGUGGAAAAAUAGGGACAGAACCAAUCAUUAUCACACCUGAUAAAAUAAGAUCAAAAGAAACUGAUAACUUUAAAGCAUCACUAAAAAAAUGUGUUGCGCCGUGUAAUAAUGAUCGACAAUUUAAGAAAGCACCAAAAAUGAAUGGAAAAUUUGUUAAAGAACCAAUUACCGGAUUUGAACAACUGAAAUCAAAAGAUAAAAGUGAUCCACUCAAAGCACGAACAAAAAAAUGCAAUGUUUCAUAUAAUACCGAUCAACAUGUCGAAAAAUUACCAGAAAGGUAUGAAAAAAUUGACACAGACCCAAUUAUUAUUAGAUCUGAUAAAAUGAGGCAAAGAGGGGAAAGAGACCUCAAGAAAACACCGAAAAUAAAAUGCAAUGCUCCAUGUAACGAAGACCAACAAUUAAAGAAAUCAGUAAGAUAUGGAAAAAUGGAUACAGAACCGAUUAUCAACAGAUUUUCUAAGAUUAGAGCACACGAAACCUGUAAACAUAAUAAAACACAAGCAAAGGUUUUAAGGUAUCAAUCAAUAGAUAAAUGUCACACAGCAUGUAAUACAGACGAAAAACUAGAGGAACAAAUUUUUAUUAUUGAUAGCUCAAAAAGCGGACACCAAAAAUGCCUAUUUUCUAAAAGUGAAUCUACCUUUGAGAAUACCCAAAUAGAUAUUGACAUUCAAAUCGGUAAAAAGGGAAAACAUAUAAAAAUGUCCAAUAAAAUGCCCCCUGGAUGUAAUUCGAAUGCAUUUUAUUCCCAAAAGACCUCCCCCCAACUGUGUAAAUCAAUACGCUUGGAAGAGCAGAAGAAAACAAUAACGACUAUAAAUAUUAAUAUCCCAUUAUUUGAUGAUUUUACAUCUAGAGUUGUUAAGAUGUCAGACAAUGAUCUAGAGGUUGAAAUUGAAGCGAAAGCAUCAAAAAAUGUUGAUAAACUAAAAAAUACACAAAGUACUUGUGAAUGUUCUGGGAAAAAUCAAGUACAUAACAAAGCUUCUAUACCUGAAAAUAUAAUAAAACCCCAUGUUACUGAUAUGAUCGACGAAGAACACUCUGAAAAGGAUUUAGAAAUUAUGAAAACUUUCUAUUCUUGUGAAAAUAUAUGUCCCAAUCUUUGCUCAUCAACGUUAUCUAAACAAUUCCAAGAAUCAUUGGAAUAUAAGAUUAAAGACAGUGCUUCACCUUUAUUUAAAGAAUCAUGUGGAGCGAUUUGUAUAGGAAAUAAACUUUCUUCUAAACAACAAACUAAUUUUAAAGGUUUAGAGAAAGAGAAGAAAGAACUUACAGGAACCGAAAAAUCGUUUUUGUUAUUGAAGCAACUGCCUCAAUCAAAAUUAUCUCAAGAAAAGAUUUCAAUAUCCCAGUUACCAAUGGUAGAGGAUGUUGAUAUCAUAUUACCAAACUUUGAUGAAAUAACAAUUUCACAAGAUACUUUGCGUUCUGUAAUUAUUCCCAAGGAAGAAGCUAAAUCUAAAAUACCUAGAGAGAAGUAUCGACAUAUAGAUGUUAAAAGAAAGGAAUCAAACGGGGAAAAAAAUAUAGUAAUAAUAUCAGAGGAAUCGAGAGGUAUUAGAGAAGCAAAAUCAACAAAUAAAAGCCAAUCAAAAUAUUCUCAAACAGAAGAUUUGACUAUUCCUGUAAUAUCGCACGAAUCAGAUGUUAAAAGAGAAUACUUGGAAACUAUAAAAAAAAAUACGGGAUCGGGAAGACAAUUAACAUCCAAAGAUAAAAUUAUGUUUAUAUUAUCGGAAAAAGGAAAGGAAAAUUCAAAUCACAAAGAGUCUGAGAUAUUAGAGAAACAGAGUAGUAUCAAGAAAAGUGGUGUUUUAAAUGAGAAAGAUUCUAUAAAACAGAUAUCCAAUAAACAAGCAGGAAAAAUAAAAACUGAAGAAUUUGUUAGAGAUGACUCACCAAUUGUAAAAGAAGAAAUUGCUCCUGAGAAUGAAAAAAGUGUGACAAAAGAUUCGAUUGAAAAGAUUCAGCUUAAUGAAGACAUCAUGAAAGCAGUAGAAAAGAAGAAAGAAGUUGAUUGCACUGAGAUCUCAAAUGUCAAGGUUGUUGAUACAAAGGAAAUGAAAGGAGCUGUAGUUGAUGGAAUUGAAGAAACUGAUAUAAAAGAUAAAACUGGAAAAAUCUUAGAAGCUGAAAAUACGAAAAUGUUCGAAGGAGACAUAGGUGUAUUGGAAUUGACGUUUAUUAAAAAUAAUAAAUGUGUUGCACCAUGUGCUAUGCCUACUAGCGAUAUAAUCAAAAUGAAACGAAUACCAUACAACGAAGAUAUUCCUCCAAUAAUAAGCACUUGUAUUAAAAUUGAAGCUGAAGUAAGAGAAGUACCUGAACAACCUUCAUUUAUUGAAAAUAUAUGUACGGCAACUUGUGCCUGGCAGUCAAAACAAGUACAAGCACAUAGAUGCAAUGAAUUUUCCCAAUGUGGUUGUAGAAUUUCAUCAUGUAUAUGCCUUCAAUCAAAUAAAAAAUGUCCACUAAUAAGUCAAGCAAACAUAAAUACACAAACUACUUCGAGAGGAAGUGAUGAAUUCUCUAAUAUUCACGAUGUGAAACCAGCUAAGAAACUUCCAAUAUGCACUUGUAAAGAACUAAUGCAUUAUACUACUAAAAUAACGUACUUCUCACUCAACAAAUAUCAUUUACCCUUUGAACAAUGGUCUAUUGAUGUACAAAAAUUCAAAGAUAAAGCAUCCGUAGUAGCAAGAUCUGGUUUUUUUGUAAUUCUACCUGAUAAAAUUCUUAAUCUGAAUUCAUUGAUACCCAGAGGUUACUCACCUCAAUACCUAGAGCCAAGCAUAGAAGAAACACAAGAAGAUGAGAAUUCUUUGACAUCAAUAUUUCAAACAGACUAUCAUGGACCCUAUGUGUUAAGUGAAGGACUCGAAGCACAUUUUACAGAUAAUAGUUCGACUCGUUCAAGAAUCGUAUCCCAACUGUCAUCAAUCAGUAUAACAAACAUUUCCAUUGAAUCAACACCUCCACAUUUAUCAAACACCAAUUCGAGGAUCAACAGUGAAGAAGAAAAUUUCAGAAAUGAUAUAAUUCUUUACUACAAAUUCUCUACACCAUCUUUAUCUAUUAGUAUUGACGAUAUAUCUAAAACUGAUGAAGAAACCGAGUUAAAAGCUAAAAUAGAAGAGAUAGAAACUGACGACGACUUUAGAGAACACACAUCAAAAUGUCAAAGGAAAGUGAAAGACGAGAACAAAGAUAGCACAGACGAGGUGGAAGAAACGGUUAAUGAGCAAACUUUUAUAUCAAAAUUUUCAACAAAAGAUAAAGAAAAUGUUAGUUCUGAAGUUAAAGCAAUUACAUCUACAGGAGAUAACUGUCAAUUAGUUAUUGUUCAAGAAGUAGCAAUUUUAUUGAAUGAUGGAGAAAGUGUACAGACUGAUUUAGAUACAGAUAUGUAUAUAAACAAUAUUCAUUCUCAUACUCAGAAUAUUGACAAAAUAAAACUUACUCAGCUAAAAAAUGAUAACGUAUUAAAAAUUACUAGAGACCAACCAAAUGCUACAGAUGUAUCAACUAAUAUUCUUAAGAUCAAAAGAAGUGAAAUGCAAGUUGGUAACAAAAAGGCCAGAGACGAUAAAGAAAGCAUAAAAUCCAAAGGAAUUGUGGAAGGCAUGGAAACAUACAAUUGCAAAAAUAUAUACAAUCAAAUUCAGGGGGAUGAAAAAGUACAACAAAAAUCUUCUGAAACAGAUAAAGCACAACAUUCAAAACAGUAUCAAUUGAUGAAAAAAAAGGAAGAAAGGUGUAGCUUUGGUAAAAUCGGCAGAAAAAGCUGUGGACGAAGAGGAAGCUUGAACAAUGGCAAUAAAAAACAAAAUAUUGAGAAAAGAAGAAUUAAUAUAAAAAGUCAGUCAAAACAAGAAAUGGAUAGACGUAUUUUACAUUGCAGGACAAUAGGUUCUAAAGAAAAUUUAUAUGCUUUAGUUAUUCCUAAAGAUACUGAAACAAUUGCAUUGAGGAAUAAUCUAGUGGAAAGUUAUGAAGAACAAAAACUUUGCUAUGUAGAGGCUCCUUCCAAAGACGAUGCCGAAAAAGCAGGUCCUUCUAAUUUACCCCAAAACCUAGAAAUCUUACUAAUGGACAAUGAAAUCAAACAAUUGGACCAGAAUAUCAAACAGAUGCGGAAUCAAGACAUUACACCUGAAUUGAGGGUUAGAAUAAUAAGAAAGGAAGUAGAGGUAAUGAAAAAAUAUUGCUCAAAACUGUCAAUCAUACAAAAAGAAAAUGACAAACUGAAGGAGCAAAUAUUUUUUUAUGAAGACUCAUUCUCCAAAUUAGGAUGCUUUCCAGUCACUAAAAAGUUAAUAGAAGAACUGAAACUCAAAAUUGAAGCCAGCAUUGAAGAGGAACAGCUAAGAGAAAAAGUUCGCAAUUUAGAAAAAGAACUUUGUUUGUACACCUACUCACUCAACGAUGUUGAAGUGCUCAGACAAAGAUCUCUACUUCUAGAGGAAGUCUUGAUAGAUCGAGAAAGAUUAAGUCAAAAAGUAGAACAACUGGGUAUUCUAGAUCAAGAAAUUCAUAAAUUAAAAAAGAAAGCAGCUAUAGUGGAUGAACUGGAGAAUUGUGUUUUAAAAAUGAGAAGAGAGAAAAAUUUUUUGGAAAUAGAAUUAAAUCAAUUAAAACGGAAAUUGUCUAUUGUCGAAGGAGACGAAUUCAACAGAAAAGCGGAAAGAGACAUUCUACGAUCCAAAAUUGUUUGCAUGGAACAGAAAAUAACAAAUCUCAAAUCCUUAUGUGAAGACAAAGAAAGAUUGAGGGUAGAACGGGAUCAUCUGAAGUACAGUCUUGAGGAAACGAUAAGGAAGUUAAAAGAUGUUGAGAAAAUGAAGAAACAAAUUCAAUGUUUGGAAGCAUUGAAAGCUGAGCGUGAUAUAUUCAAAUCAAAAUAUGAAAUUCUGAUUGGAUUGGAACAUGAAUGUGAUUUAUUGAGAGAUCAACUAGAUAGAACAAAAUAUGUAGAAAUAGAGCGAAAUUCCUUAGAAAUUCGAUUAGAGGAUUUGGAAGCUUGUUUAGAAGAUCAAGAAAAUGAAAAAAAAAGAUUGGUUCAUUAUAUAGAUACAUUAUCUAAAGCAAGGGAUGAGGAACAAGAGAAGUUCAAGAAAUAUGCAAACCAAAUGAGAGUAGAAAUUGAGAAGAAAGAUAGUUUGAUAACUUCUACCCAAGAAAAAUUAAGUUUUUUAGUAACUAGACUUGAAGAUUCUGUCAAUGACCUUAAUUCUCAAGCACUAGAACACAAAAGUAAAACCAGUAACUUAGAAUCAGACAUUAAUACUUUAACUCUUAAAUUAAAUAAUUUGAAAGCAAAAAACGAGAAGCUGGAGGACUGUCUUAGAAAUAUCGAAGAUGAAAAUCAAAGAUUGAUACAACAUAUCAUGAACUUAAAGAAAGAAAAUGAUAAUCUUAUAAAAAAUCUCAAGAAUCUAAAAGAGAAUAAUAUUUUUCUGAUGAAAACAUUGGAAAAAAAAGAAGAUUCGUUGAACUCGACAAGUGAAGCUUAG